AUGAAAAUAGAGAGAGCUCUGGGUGUUCUCACCGUGUCAGACUUUGAGUGCCCUCUGUGCAUUAGGUUGUUUUUUGAGCCAAUCACAACUCCCUGUGGUCACACCUUCUGUAAAAACUGUAUAGAGAGGAGCCUGGAUCACAACCUUCGCUGUCCCCUCUGCAAACAGCCACUACAAGAGUAUUUUAAAAACAGGAGGUACAGCCCCACAGUUCUGCUUCAGGAUAUCAUGACCCACCUUUUUCCCUCACAGUUGGCUGAGAGGAAACAUGUCCAUGAUGCUGAGAUGGCUGAACUGUCUAAUCUCACAAAGGACAUUCCUAUUUUUGUUUGCACUGUGGCCUACCCUGGAGUGCCCUGUCCACUGCACAUCUUUGAGCCUCGAUAUCGGCUGAUGAUGCGUCGCUGCAUGGAGACUGGUACCAAGAAGUUUGGCAUGUGCAGCUAUGAGCAUGGCAAAGGGUUUGCAGACUAUGGCUGUAUGCUGGAGAUCCUUGGCCUGGAGGUGCUUCCUGAUGGACGGUCCUAUGUGAACACUGUGGGUGGUAGCAGAUUCAAGGUGCUAAAGAGAGGUCAGAGAGAUGGCUACCAGACUGCUGAUAUAGAGUACCUGAAGGACCUCAAGGUUGAUGGUAGUGAGUUAGAGCUUUUGCAGCAUCUCCAUGACAGUGUGUACCAGCAGGCCCAGGACUGGUACCAGCGCCUUGGCAGCCGCAUCCGCGAGCAGAUCGACAGACAGUAUGGCACCAUGCCAGAUAAAGACGAGAACAUUCAGGCCUCAUCCAACGGUCCAGCCUGGUGCUGGUGGCUGCUGUCUGUCCUCCAGCUGGACCCUGCCUAUCAAACCACUGUCCUGUCCCUGACCUCACUCAAAGACCGCUUAGGACACCUCCGCCUCAUCCUUGAGUACUUUUCUCAGAGAUAGACGUCACAGUACAGUGGUAUUGCGCACACAGAAAGAUGGAAUGAAACCAAUGGAUGCAAUUACACCACAGAGUUUAGGACAUGAACUGUCUUGCGGUCACAGCUGAAGGUCAACUCAUCUGGUUGAUAACAGAAAGAUAGUGAUUUCAUUAUAAAACAGUGCAGGUUUUUGAUGUUUAGCCUUUAGUUUGCGUGUGUUAGCCUUCUAACACCGUUUUCUUUGCUGGGAAUUCAAGGUUUCUGAAUACACUUUGUACUUGCUGUAUCAGUAAGAACAGCAACCAAAGAUGCUUCUUAUUUAUGGUCAUCGGGAGCCAAAAAUUAUUAUUUGUAGAAUGACUAUAUCAGUGAAUUUUCUAUAUAAUAUUGCUAAAAGUCAACACUGGGUGUCACUAUCUUUCAGUUAUUACAAACAUGAAGAACAUGCAACAGCUACUGGAGCAUACUUCGUAUAUUAUCAUGUCUUGCCUGUUCUAAUCAGAGUUUUUGCAAUAACAUAGCUAAGUUUAGGAAUACAUGCACAUCAGAGAAUUAAAUUUCAGGUGUUGCAGGAAGUCAUUUUGGAUACUCUGAGCGCUGCACCCCUACUGAAGGGCACUGUGCUCUUUGCAAUGCCUGUAUUUAGUUAAAUCCAUUGGCCUUGGCUGGCAUUGACUGUGGCUCAUUUAAUACUAUUGAAAAACAUAAAAGAUCCAUAUUUGUAAAGACUGCAAUAAUAAUUCAUAGGAUCAGUUGGGUUUUUUUUAUAAGGAUAAUCACCUUUAUUGGCCAAGUAUGUUACACACAAGGAAUUUGUUUCCGGUACAGAACCCUUUUUUUAAUGGAUGAAAGCUUUUGGCUCUGGAUGCGGUUUGCAAUCACCUGGUGGAAAACGUCUUCUGUGAAAUUAAGGAAGUGGAAGUGGGGCCAGUGAAUGUGGAGGUGUACCAGGUUUGUAUAAACCUGUGUGAUUAUGUAUACCGACAGUCACGUAUGGAUGCAGUACUAUUUAUAUGUGUCAGCUAUAAAUAAGGAGUCACUUUUGUCAGGAUCCAUCUUAAUUAUCAGAUUUUUUUAAAAUUAUCUAUGGCUUGGUGUUAGCACUAAUAAGAGUUACUGUCAUGUCCAUUGUGUCAAGGUGCAAGACAGAGCAUUUAAAAAUCUCUUUCACAGGGACAACCCUAAAAUAUUUUUGCUAGUGUCUGACUCUGUGUAGGCUCAAACACCCACCUCUGGCCCCUACUGUGUCUCCCUGUCUGUCUGACCCCUCUACCACCAGCGAUGGUGCCUUUGAGUGCCUGGGCCAGCUCCCCCGGAGACCUGUGAAUCUGAGGGCUUUCUACACAGCAUAGAGGAUGGACUAUGUUUUUUGAUAUUAGUUUUUGGUGAUAUAGCGCACAUUCAGUAGAAUGUUGAAGCUGCCAUGUUAGGUAUGAUUUACUAGCAAACAUGGGCUUAUCUGGGUGAAGCAAAAGUGCUUUUUUACUUUAAUCAUAGAUAUUUUUGUUUUGUGGUUUAUAGGAAUAGUUAGCUAAAUGCUCACUGUGUUUAUGUUUGUCAUGGACUCUGCAGUUAGGCCUGUGUGUAUAGUGGGCAAGGAACUACCAUCUUAUCACAACCAAAAUAUCACUGUAAACUGUCAGAAUUAGUCUAGCAAACAAUUAUAGAUACAGCAAUCCUUAGUGUCAUGUUUAAAGGGGUCAUCUUGAGAUUUUAUAUGCACAAACCUGUCCCACCAAAAGUUGAACUAAUGGAUAGAGUCAUACAGACAGGUAAAGGAAAAACCAACACAGAGUGUCACAGUAAGGAGUUGGGCCACCACGUGCCACCUGAACAGCUUCAGUGCACCUUGGCAUUGACUCACCAAGUCUCUGAAAUGUACUGGGGGGAUGAACACCAUUCUUCUAAAAGAUGUUCCCUCACUAGGUGGUUUGAUGAUCGUGGUGGAGACGCUGUCUGACACGACGAUCCAAAAUAUCCCAUAGGUGUUCAACUGGGUUCAGACUGCAGAGGCCAUAGCAUCUGUUCCACAUCAUUUUCAUAUUGUACUCAUCAAACCAUUCAGUGACCCCUCAUGCCCUGUGGAUGGGGACACUGUCAUCCUGGAAGAGACCACUGAUUUAUUCAGGUUUUUCCUUUAAUUUGUUGGAUCUGAUUAGCACACUAAUCUCUGCUCUGAUCUGAUCUCAGACCUGUGAACUAACACCGUAUUUGAGGGCAGGAUACUUUUUAUCAUUUCUUCACAUGUGUUUGAUCAAAUGUCAAUAAGUUUUUGGGAAUAACUGCAGGGUCACUUUAACAUGCCAGUUACCACAACAUGCCUCCAAAGCUGUACGAUCUCACUGAAAAAUGGCAUCUGUCGGAAAGGUCACCUUCCUCCUACCAGUCAUGAUAAAAGCUACGGUAACUCAACUCAAAAAGGGACAGAGAUUCUUACAAAUUUCCUUUGAAUGACCAGUCUCAUAAACCUUUGUUGUAAACACAUGAAAGCAAUACAUGACUGACAAGUUAGAUAUUCAUUCGCCUAUCCCACAUCUUGUCAGAGAAC